AACAACAAAAUGUUAGGGUUUGUUUAAUUUGGGAGCGGCUGAAGAAACAUUGAAAUCAGAAAAAAUGAGCAACGAAGCCAACGGCAAGACGAAGAUCGAUAGUGGUAAAGUCGGUGGAGGAGGAUUUAGGUCAAAACUGAAUCACGCUCUCUACAGCGGUGAAAAGAAGCACGUUUUCGCCGGUUUAGUUCUCAUCACCGCCGUCUUUUCUGUACCAUGGUUUCUCAUGAAUAGAGGAUCAAAACAUCAGUCUCAUCAAGAUUACUUGGAAAAAGCUGAUAAAGCAAGGAGCCAAAGACUCUCAUCCAGCCCCGUUGCAUCUGCCAAAUAAUCUCGAUUAGCAUUCUGUUGAAGAUUACAGUUUCCUGUAACUCUAGAUUUCAAAGCCAUUAGAUAUAUUUAUUGGAUGUCUUUUUCUCUCUAGUUUUGUCAUUGGGAUGGAUGUCCGAUUUUGCUCUAAUCGUUGUAUUUCAUUGCUAAAUAAAUCAGAAUUAUAUAAUUAAAAAAACUACAUUGUUCGAUAAUUUGAUAUCGCAAAUUUUCUCUAUAUAAUAAAAUUUUAGAUUUGAUUUGUC